AUGCCAAAACGGUCUAUGCAAGAACCCGUCGCAAUAUGCCAGUUCCCCGUACACCCUCCCAUCAGCAAGCUUAUACAUCUGCCACAGUUGCAAAAUCACUGAAUUUCCUCGAGAUCCCUCAAUUCUGCUAUAACCACCCCAGACCCUGUAUUCCUCUUACUAAAAGUGAUCAAAGAAUGUUGGCUUGAAAUGGAACUCACUACUGGGACGACUUGCUUACCCUCCAUCAAGCAAGAAUCCACCAAAGUCCUCUCCCAACUCCGUACAGCAGUCCAGGCCCAGCAGUGGGAGUCCAUCCAUCGCCUGCUUACUGAAGCCCAAAUGGUAGAGGAUAUUUUAAAGAAUGAUGCAGACUUCAGAGAAUUUGCAGUAGAGAAAGUAUGGAGAGACUGUACAAGAGUGGUUAAGAAGGAGAAGGAUAGGAAUAGUGUACUGGUAGAGAAGGAAAUCAGGCAGAGGUAUGAAGGAUUGAUGGUGGAGACCGUCAAGCAGCUUGGGAAACAGAGAGUGAGGGUAAUGGAGAGAGGACAGAGGGAAGUUGAGAGGAGAGAGAGGGAGUUUGAGCAGAGAGUGGAGGAGAUGAGAGAGGAAGAAGAAAGGAGAAUGGAGGAAGAGAGAGUGGUGUUUCAGAGAAAAGUGGAGCAGUUUGAAGAGAAAUUACGUAAAGCUGAGGUGGAAAAAAUUCAAAUUAAUACAGAAAAUGAGCAAUUGAAGAGCAAGAUAGUUAUUCUUGAGGAAAAUUUAACUGAUGAAAGGAAAUCAAUGGUGGAAUUGAAAGCUUCUUUUGAUAAAGAAAUACAAACUCUAAGAAAUACUCAAGCAAUCCAUCUCAAAGAGUUAGAUGAAUCUUAUUCUAUCAAAUUCGCAAACUUUAGGAAUGGAAUUAAGUCCAAACACUUAAAAAUCAUAAAAUCACACCAAACUCUACAAAGAUCGAUCAAACAAAAAUCAGAGUUUAUUUCUAAUCUUCAAAAAGAGGCUGAAACAACAUCAAAACUUUCUGAAUCCCUAUCUGAAGCCCAUCAGAGACUUUCAAAACAAUUUAAUGAACUCAUAGGUCAAUACACGAAAGAAGGGUUCUCUGCUCUUUGUGAAUCACUAAAACCAACAAUAACCUGGAGAAGAGACCUCAGUGGCUAUGUAAAAUUCACAGAAGAUGACACUGAUCUUUUUCUUAGAUUUGAUAAAGAAGAGCAUCUUAAAUUGAUCAAAUCAAUUAAAAUGAGACUUCCUAAAUUGGAGAUAUUAAGCAUUGGCAUUACAAUUCCUAGGGAUGUAGACCAUUUGAACCAAUUUCUAGAGAGAUACUUCCCCAAAAGAGUUGCUAGUUUAACUCUUCAUAUCGAUCCGACUGAUCAUUUCGAGUCUAAUAAUUUAGUCCAGAACUUACUUUAUAUUUGCCCAAAUGUCAUGGGAAAACUAUUUUUAUGGAACUUAAGGAUACCUCAAGACCGCUUGGUCAAGCUAAUCUCUGUUAAUAAGACUAAAAUUACAUUGGGCUUGCUCAAAUGCAAGCUAAUGUUAGACUCAGUUCCUGUCUUUGAAGAAGAUCUCGUCGGAAGCACACUGCAGACUUUGAAUCUGAGCGGCUGUAGGAGUUGCUUCAAAGAGAAUUGGGAGGAAGACUGCUCUCUUUUUAAAAAUUUAAUUGCUGGGCUUUCGAAGUGUGAGGAUUUCAAGUCUAAUCUGCACAAAAUUAUUCUCCACGAUUACAAACUCAGUAGGGAAGAGGUCUCCCAAAUUAUUCUUGAGAAUGGCUUUGAAGAGGUAGUAAUUGAUAAGUAG